GAAAUUGAAGAAGAGACAUUUCGGCUGAGAGAAGAAAGAAAAAAGAGGAAAGAGAAUAUAAAAGUAGAUCUAUUUGACAGAUAUAAAUGAUUAGGUUUAAGGUUAAACUGUAAUUUAAUAAUUUUUAGAAUUAAAAAUAAUUAAAAAUAAAAUACAUUUUAGAGAAUGAUAUUUUAGCUUUUCCAAUUGGAUGCAAGGAUAAUAGAGACGAUUUCUCGCCAAACCUCCUUAAAUUUAAAAUUGUAGACUUCUUUCUCCACUAAUCAAUAGUUUGAAAUUUAACUACCCAUAGUCUAUGGUUUAAUCGGUUAAUGUUAACUAACCAUUUUAAACCAGCUAAACCAAAUAAAAUCCCAAUUUUUAUCUGAAAGAAAUGAUUCAUCAAAAAAAAAAAAAUUCAAAACAAAAUUGAUUCCCAAACAAAGAAGAUUCAUCAUCUAUCAUUGGUCACUGGUCAUGGGAUUGUAGCCAUUGUUAAUCUCCUAGUAAUUAGGAUAAAAAUUGGGAUUUUAUUUGGCUAAUUAAGCUGGUUUAAAAUGGUUAAUUAAUAAGAUGGUUAAUUAACAUUAAACUGAUUAAACCAUAGGUUAUGAAAAAUUAAGUUUCGAAUUAUUGAUUCAUGGAGAAAUAAGUUUGUAACUUUAAAUUUGGAGAAAUCUGGUACGAGAUCAUAGUUUUGUGAAGAUUUGAUGCUAUAUAAUAGUUUUCGUGGUGAAAUAGAUCGUUGAUCACAAGUUAAUUUUUUCAAAUUGUCACUAUUAAAAGUAAGUUUGCAGACUAAUCCAUUCACAAUAUUUUAUUUGACCAUCUAUUUUAUUCAGCCACCUAAUGCAUUUAUUUUUUUGUUUAUGAAUAUUUAAGUUUUUUUCUCAGAAAAUGGGGGUUGGUUAACAUUUAUUUCUACAAAAGCAAACAAUUGUAUUUUCGCGGGAAAAUUCCUAUAUAUCAGAGAAUUAAAAAUAUAGCGUUUCUUCGUUCCUGUUGUUUGUACAUAUUAUAAAAAUAUUAACAAAUUUCCUCGCAAUCCAUAAAGAAAAAGGACAAUUUUCAGGAAACUAUCUAAUAAAAACAAAGUCUACUCUUCACGUUCUCUUGUAUAAAGUCUUCUCCUUAACGUCGACCCAUUGGUCAAUCGGUUCAUUUCGAUUCUAAGAAGAGCAUCUUCGGCUUCACCCACGAGAGUGAUUGAGAUGGAUGCUAGAGCUGUUCUACUUAUCGGCGAGCCAGACAAUUACGAUGGCGUUACCGUAACUAUGGAGGAACCAAUGGAUGCUGAGGUUUUCACCGCAAGGCUUAGGGCUUCGCUUUCGCAGUGGAGACAAGAGGGGAAAAGGGGGAUUUGGAUAAAGCUACCUCUUGGAUUGGCUAAUCUUGUAGAGCCUGCAGUUAGUGAAGGGUUUAGAUAUCACCACGCAGAGCCUGAGUACUUGAUGCUUGUGUCAUGGAUCUCUAACACCCCUGAUACAAUCCCCGCCAAUGCUUCUCAUAUUGUAGGUGUUGGUGCUUUGGUCCUCAACAAAAACACUAGAGAGGUCCUCGUUGUCCAGGAAAAGAGUGGUUAUUUCAAAGAUAAAAACGUGUGGAAGCUGCCUACUGGUGUUGUCAACGAGGGUGAGGAUAUAUGCACCGGAGUAGCUAGGGAAGUGGAAGAAGAAACUGGUAUUGUUGCAGAUUUUGUGGAAGUGUUGUCUUUCAGGCAAAGCCACAAAGCAUUCUUGAAACAGAAAACGGAUCUGUUCUUCUUGUGUGUCUUAAGUCCACGCGCCUACGAAAUCACUGAACAAAAAUCUGAGAUCUUGCAAGCUAAGUGGAUGCCGAUCAAAGAAUAUGUAGACCAGCCAUGGAACCAGAAGAAGGAAAUGUUCAAGAUCAUGGCUAACAUCUGUCAGAAGAAGUGUGAUGAAGACUAUGUGGGAUUCUCCACUGUGGAAACUAAAACAGGAACUGGUAAAAAGAGCUUUGUCUACUGCAAUGCUGAUCACGCUAAGAGCCUUAAUGCAACGCGUGGCCAAGCCUCCUCUUCUCUUUAAAUAACAUUCUGUUGCAUCUCCAGCAUUUUGUGUUUCUUCUAUCUUCUUCCAUUGUAUCAUUUGGCUUUGUCGUCUACUCUAUUUUCAGUUAUUACUUUCAAAAACAUCUCCGGCUUUAUGUCUUCAUGUUAUUUCUGGUUUAAUCCGGUUCAUAUAUAUGCUAUAUAUUUGAAUUGUUAAAGAACUAACACAAAUAUUCUUGCUUUAUUUGAUAGUUUCAAUAACGAUUGUAGUUUACAAAACGUAAGUAUAAUUUUAUUUUAAAGGAACUUUUGAAAGAAGCUGUGAAUGUGUUGAUUGAUCUCGUGGAGGAAAUGUCCCACUCCGUUGAGCACGACGGUUUCAUCUAGCAAUGGUACGUCUCUCUUAAAUCCACCACCGUGAAUGUAUUCCUAAUCCCAGGUGAAUUGUACGUCAAAUCCUGAUCUCCAACUAUGAAUUUUACCGGUUCACCAAUCUUAGCACCGGUCCAAGGUGCAGUCAGCUCCCAGUUACUGUUUAAAAAGCAAACCGGGAUUUAGACCGAUUGGUCAAAACUGUGAUCGUAUAUUUAUUGAACCGGGUGGUAUAUAAGUACCGGUCAAUGUUGCGGUAGUAGUUAAUUGCUCCAGUGAAGCCUUUCUUCUCGUACUUGCUGACGUAAUAGUCAAGAUCUUCUUGUGUUAACCACUGUUUUGUGGCAGAUGCAGCGUUUUCUGAGCGUUUGAAGGCUCCAUUCGUUCACUGGUUCAAACGAUGCGGUUGCGGAUGCGGAAAUUUGCGGAUGCAGGAGUUUGCGGAUGCGGAAGUUUGCAGAUGCAUGAGUUUACGGAUAUAGUGGUUGCGCUUCCAAGUGUUUUAUACGAUUAACACAAUGUUUAAAAAUUGUUGCGUUUGCAGGAUAUUUGUGACUACUUGAUUAUCAGAUAUUGUAACGGUUUAAUAAUAAAUUACCAAUAUUAAAGUAUUAUAAUAUUAUAAAAAUAUAAAACAUACUAUUGUGAUAAAAUAUAAUGAUUAUUAAUAUAAUAUGAUUUAUAAUAAUAUCAUGUUUAUUUAUGAUACUGUUUGUGAAUUUAAAUUAAUAUAUAAAAUUUGUAUAUAUAUAUUUUAUAAUAUUUCUAUUUUAAAGUUUUACUUUUAAAAUUUUAAAAUAAUUUUAUAUUUAGUUUUCCACCCGCAACCGCAAACGUUACCUUUAAUCAACUUUUGAUUUUAAGAGGUUCAUAACGGUAUAAAACAAUUUGUAGUAGUUUGUAUGAUUGUUUUGAAACGCUGUCAACCCCUACCAAUCGCAAAAGCUGCAUUUGGGGAUGAUGGCGGAGAAACCAGUCAGACCUGAAUAGUUUGCAUCUGGGGAGGUAAAGCGGGCCAGCCGUUUUGUGGUUGAAUAACUUUUUCAACACCUUCUCUGUUUCCAACUCUCUGAACUCUGCUUCUAUUUCUCCAGGUUUCUUGUUAACAAAAAUUAUUAAUCGUAAAUAUAUGUUUAUUAUCAAAAUAUACUCGUAGGUUAUUAUAUCAGGACUGACCCAGAUUUUAGGGGAUGUAAAAUAAAAUAAAAUUUUGAUUUUAAUAAUUUAGAGCAUAUAUUAUAGUUCUUAAGAAUAAGACCAUCAUUAGAGCAUGAGCAUUGGUUCACAAGUUUUUUUUAAUAUUUUUUUGUGGGUCCAUGAAUAGUUAUGAACCUGUAUUUGUUUUUUUCUGCAUUGGUGAACCUGAAGAAGGAGUUCAUAACAAUAAAAUAAUAAUAUUUAAUUUUUUUUUAAAUCUUCAAAUUAUCCAGAAAACAAGAAUAAAAUAUUUAAAAUAUUAUUAGAUUUUUGAAAACUAUUUAUUCAAUACAUUAAAAGAAUAACUUACAUAAAUUGAGAAAUAGAAAAACAAACAAAGUUUAUUCAUCUUCAUCACCAAACUUUUGCCAAAUAUUUUCCAUUAAAUCAGCUUUCAAACGAGCAUGCUUCUCUUAAUCUCGAACUUCUCUGCGCAUGCCUAACAUAUCACCGGCAUGAAUACUUUCUCUGGUUGUCACCUUUGAACUUCUACUUGACUCUCCUGAUUCGAACUCAGAAGUAUUUAUUUGAGCGUAUCCGUGUCGUUCGUUCUCUACAAUCAUAUUGUGCAAUAUGACACAAGUUCUCAUUAUCUUUCCUAUCUUUUCCUUGUCCCAUUGUAGAGCUGGGUUUUUAACAAUUGCAAACCUCGACUGCAAUACUCCAAAAGCCCGUUCGACAUCUUUUCUGGCGGAUUCUUGCUUUUUUGCAAAUUUCUCGGCUUUAGGACCUUGAGGAAGUGGGAUGGAUUGAAUAAAUGUUGACCAGUUUGGAUAAAUUCCGUCAGUAAGAUAGUAGGCCAUACGAUAAGUGUGGUUGUUGACCUUGAACUUAACUUUAGGUGCUCGACCAUGUAAGAUGUCAUCAAAAACAGGUGACCGAUCAAGAACAUUGAUAUCGUUGAGUGUACCUGGUAAGCCGAAAAAUGCGUGCCAUAUCCAAAGAUCUUGUGAUGCCACGGCUUCUAAGACAAUUGUCGGCUUUCCUGAACCCCGUGUGAACUGACCUUUCCAAGCCGUUGGGCAGUUUUUUCACUCCCAAUGCAUACAGUCGAUGCUGCCUAUCAUCCCUGGAAACCCGCGUACCUCUCCAACAUCGAGUAAUCGUUGAAGAUCUUCUGGUGUAGGGCUUCGUAGAUACUCAUAUCCAAACAAUUGUAUUAUCGCAUCAGUGAAAUUUUCCAAACAUAAACGUGAUGUACUAUCACCAAGUCGGAGAUAUUCGUCAUUUCUGUCUCCCGAUUGACCAUAUGCGAGCAUACGUAUAGCUGCCGUACACUUUUGAAGUGGAGAUAGCCCGUACCUUCCGGAAGCAUCUCUCCUUUGCUGAAAGUAGGGAACUUCACUACUUAGGCGAUCGACAAUGCGAAGGAACAAUGGCUUGUUCAUUCGGAAACGCCGCCUAAACAUUUCAGGUGGGUAUGUAGGAUUUUCCAUGAAAUAGUCUUUCCAUAGUUGAUUGUGUCCUUGUUCUCGGUCUCUUUCGAUAUAAGCUCGUCUCUUCGAUUUGUUGGUUUGACCAUCAACUAUUGUGUCUAUGAAAUUAUCAACCACUUCGUCGACCAUUUCAUCAAAAGCUUUAUCUGCUUCAUCGCUUGAUGAUGAGGAAGACAUUGUUGAUGAAAUUUGAUGAUCUUUUCCUUACUACAUAAGACAAAAUACUACACUCUCCCGUGAAUCAAACCUACACCUACAAGCAUCAACCCGUGACCUGACAUUACCUACACCUACAAGCAGAAACCGAGACUAUCUUACAAGCAUCCACCUCCACACGCAUCCACCUGCAACCCGUGACCUACAAAGCAAUACAUACUGUUAGCAUUUGGUGCAGAUUUAUCAUAAUCAAUAUACUUAAAGCAACAGAAGUUCACAUUAACCAAUAACCUACUCAAAAAUUCAUUAACAAAGUAGCCUCUCACCAAAUCAAAGCAUUUCAGAGAUUAGUUUAUCUUUUAGACACACUUCUUGAGCAGAAAGUUUAUCUUCAUUUUUUGCUAGCAGACGGUCAAGGAUUUUCUGUUUGGAUAUGUGAUUUUUCGCGGCUAAUAUGCUCUCAAUCUGAUCAAACGCUGCUUCAUUCCCGUGCUUCUUUUGUUUGGAUGCUUUGCUAGCCUUAAUACCAGGUGGCCUAACAUCUUCCUCCGCAGCCACCUCCUCUGCCGGUUCCUUCCUUUUCUCCUUUGCACCCUCUCUCGACAAAGAAUGUGAUCUCCAUUUUUGAUCAAACCUAAGCUCUCUCCAACAAUGUUCCAGUGUGAACUUCGCAUGGUAGUCAUUAAAGAAGAUGUCAUGAGCAGCCUUCAUGACAUCAUUCUCGUUUUGUCCACUCGCCUGCUCCUUCAAAGCGGCUUCAUGACUUCCCACAAACUUGCACACCUGCUCAUUCACCCUUCCCCACCUCUGCUUACAUUGACUCCACUCCCUAGGAACGGAGCCAACAAGCAGAGGGCUAGCAUUUACAUACUCCUCUAUUCGCUUCCAAAAAUCUCCUGCCUUUUGCUCAUUACUCACGAUUGGAUCCUUGCUGGUGUUGAGCCAAGCACUGAUCAGCACCACAUCUUCUUUCGUUGUCCACUUUCGCCUUUCAGCAGGUUUAGGAACCUCUGAACACCCUAAAUCUAUUGGCUGACUACUCUGGGAAGUGAGGAGGUUAACAAAACCGGGAGAGUUAAGGGAAAAAGGAUACAUUUGGUUUUCGAUUAAAGUUUUAAAAUUUUGGUUUGUGUUUUCAGAUGUGGAUUGCGUGGAUUGCUUAUGUUUUUAAAGUAGUAUUGUGUUUCAAAGGACAAGCAAAUUAAACAUACCCUAACCACCUAACAUUGAUUAUAGUUAAUUACACAACAAGUACUACACAGAUAGCAUUCAAUAAACAUCAAAUCAUUUUUUUAAAGUCGACCAUUCAUUACGCAACCAACCAAACCGGCAAUUGUACUCUAAUACGUCUACCUAGCUACCAAUGUAGUUAAUUUUUUAAAACUCGACCAUUCAAUACGUCUACCUAGCUACCAGUGUAGUUAAGUGUUACCUUUUCUUUUUCAGUCGAAGCAGAGCUUCUCCAAGUCUGCCACCUGCACAGAGAGGUUGUAAACCUCUCCAUUGAGGUUAUCAACCUGCACAGUUAGGUCUUUAACCUUUGCCUGGACAUGGAAACAACAAUGACAUUGUGUUAGUCACUUAAUAAAAUCUGAAGAACAAUAUGACAAAAUUAUUAAAAAAAAAAUAAGUGGCUUUACCUCCAGUCUCUCAAUUUGUUUAGUGAGCUCCGGCAUCCACUUGAUCACCAUCUCAACCUCCUCCAAACGCUUACUGAGACGUUCGAUAUGCUCCUCGACACCUAUCACCCAAGGCUGACGAUAAUGUAACCCAUCAGCCUUAUUUACAACAAAAACACAUAUCAGAAUCUCGUUUGAAAAUCAAAUUAUUAUUCCAAAUAAGUGAAAUGAGAAGAACCGCUUACCUCGUAGUUUUUGCAGGUGAAGAAACGCUUCCCAGGAAGAGUGUCAUAGUCGUCCUUCCCCCGAACCUCGUGAAUGAUUGUGCCACCACAGGGACACCUCGUCGGAAUACCGUUUUCGGAAUCAGCCACGAAUCCUACCAUAUCGAUGUACUCCUUUUGCCUUUUUGUCUCUCUUAUCUCUUCUGCGGGAUCCAUCUGUACCAGAAACAUAAAUGAUUAGAACAAAAUCACCGGUAAAUCGCAAACACAAACUCGAUUAAGAACCCUAACUAGAAACCCCCAAAUCGAUCUCAAAUCCCAUAAACAAACCCUAAAUCGAACCCGCAUGAAGAUUUCAAACAAUAAAUCAAAACCCCCAUAUCAAUUUUGAACCCUCCCUCGAAACCCCCAAAUCGAUUUAGAUUCACCGACAACGCUUUGGAGCCCAAAUCCGUUAAAUCAAACCGUGAAAGUUAUCGAUACUGACCUCAGCUCGUCGGGGAGAGAGUCCGCCGUCGAUUAGAACCACUAAAUCACCCACAGUCGGCGUCGCACGAGAAAUCGCCUCCGAAAACGAGAAACCCUAGUUUUCGAAAGGAGAAGAGAAAAUGAUUCCUCUCACGCGAAUCCCUUUUUUUCUCCGCUUCGACGCGAUAUCGCGUGGUCACUGUUUCCUCGAUACGUGCCAUGAAUCCGUAUCAUAUGGGUUCACUCCCAUGAACCGGAUCACCCAUUUAAAUCAAUUUUUGUUUUUUUAAUUUCGGCCCAUAUGAUACCGAGCCCAUGACCCCUUCUAAAUACGUCGAUGCGCAUGCUCUUAUCGGAGGUGCUAAACCCAGUCUCUUAGGUUUUUUAAAAAAAAAAAAAAGAAAAAACCUAAUAUGCAAGAGAAGUCGCUUAAUUAAGACGUCCCUUACGGGACACGCGUCAUAAGGGCGACGUCUCUAUCUCUCUCGUCUCUCUUUCUCUCCCUUGGUGGCUCCGGUCGAGCUCUUCCGAUGGUGCUUCCCCUUCCCGCCCUUUGAGGUCCGUGAGCUCUGUUUUACUUUCUCUCUCUUUGUUCUGCUCUCUCUCCCUGAACGAUUGAUCUCGGAUUUGAGGGACAUGGUCAUCACCACCAUCAUCAUCGGUCCAUAGCAGGGACAUGGUCAUCACCACCAUCAUCGAUUCCACAAGAGAGGAAAGAAGAGAAUGGUGGAGGUAGUAAUGUCAAAUGGGUGGCCCAUGUCCAAAUAGAUAUGGACCAAAAUGGAUAAGCCCAUAUUGAACCAUAAAUAAUUUUUGUCCAAAUGGGUGAACCCAACUAUAUCUAUGGCCAAAUUUGGGCUCAACCAGUUGGACAAUGGGCAGCCCAAUAGUAUUAAAUGUCUAGGGUUUGGGAAUUGGGGAAACACGAUCUUUUUUUUUCUCAGACUCGUGAGAGACAGAGAGAGAGCUCUUCUGAGAUUCUUCUUCCUCGUCUUCUUCGAUUCUUCUUUCUCAUCUUCGAUUCCUCUUCCUUGUGUUCGAUUCAUCUUCCUCUUCUUUGUUCUUCUUCGGGUUCUCCUUCGAAUCUUCGAUUCUCCUUCGAUGGCCAGAAACAAGCUUUUGUGGUUGUGGGUCGAGUCAGCACUGGCACAGAAGCAAAACUAAAGGUGCUUUACGGGUCUGGAGCUAGGAAGUUCGCGAGAAGCUGUUGCAGCUCUUGGUUGACCUCUCACGAAGGGAUCCAACUGUAAUAUUGGUAAGGUGGUGGAAGAAAGAAGAAGAAGGUGGUGACCAAGUGAAGAAAUGAAACUCUCUUUGUUAUAAAACAAUAUUGUGAUUUGUGAACUUGUGAUUUGUGAACUUAUGUAUUUUCACUUUUCAUUGUUGUGUGAACUUGUGUGUUUUUUUUAUCACUUUGAACUUAUCUUGUGACCUUAUCUUGUGUGUUUUCUUUUAUAACUUUGAACUUAUCUUGUGUU